GAGACUCCUCGACCUCGUUCCCCAAACUACAUCCGGUCUCUACGGCAAGUAACAGUAGCAAUGACAGUUAUUGUAAAUACUUGAACAACAUGAGUGAAUAUUGUUUUACUUUACUCAUUGCUCUCUAAAUGUAGUCAAAUGCUCGUCAAUCGCUGGUUUCGGCUGUGCUCUUUGUGUAGCCGUGUAGUUAACAGCAGCAGAGGAGGAUGGAGGACACUGUCAGGACAAACCAGCCUGAAAUAUGCUAACAUCACAGAGGUGCAACACCGGGGUUCAGCAGCACCAAAACGCCUCUGUCACAGUAAUUUGGGGGACUUGUACAGGACUGAGUCUGUUCAGAGGUAUCUUCAACAGCUCAUGGAGGAGUACCGAGACCUCAGCAAGAAGUUACAGCAUGCAUACCUCAGCGAGUCAGACAGAAAAGUGCUUAUAAAGAAACACACAGAGCUACUGCCUCUGGCAAAUGUGUUUGAGAGUAUUGGACAAGCACUGAAAGACCUCGAGGAAGUCCUGUCACUUCUGCAUAGUUCAGCUGGUGCCAAAGAUGAAGAUGAACAACUGACCCAGCUGUUGAAAGAAGAGGAAGCACAAAUCUCCCGCAAGAUUUUGGCCUUAAGAAAAGAUUUGAUCAAAGCUCUUGUGCCCACCGACCCUCUUGACCCCAGUAAUAUUCUGCUGGAGGUUGUAUCAGGACGAACAACAGGAGGUGACAUCUGUCAGCAGUUCACCAGAGAAAUGUUUGACAUGUACCAGGGUUUUGCCUCUUACAAGGACUGGGACUUUGAGGUUUUGAACUAUACACCUGCUGAGUAUGGUGGUUUGCACCACGCAGCAGUGAGAAUAGCUGGGGACAAUGUGUACAGACAUCUGAAGCAUGAAGGAGGAACACACCGGGUGCAAAGGAUCCCUGAGGUGGGCCUCUCCUCCAGGAUGCAGCGAAUCCACACAGGAACCAUGACUGUCAUCAUCCUGCCUCAGCCAGUAGAGUUUGAUGUCCACGUUGAUCCAAAGGAUCUUCGCAUUGACACAUUCAGAUCUCGAGGUGCUGGGGGCCAAAGUGUCAACACAACAGACAGUGCAGUGCGCAUCGUUCACCUCCCCACCGGUAUAACAGCAGAGUGUCAGCAGACUCGCUCUCAGCUGCAAAACAGAGACACCGCCAUGCGUGUGCUGAAGGCCAGGCUUUACCAGAGCAUGAUGGGUAAAGAGACCGAGCAGAGGCAUACAGCACGAAAGCAGCAGGUGGGCACACGUUCUCAGUCAGAGAGGAUUCGUACCUACAACUUCAGCCAGGAUCGUGUCACAGACCACAGGACUGGAUAUGUUACUAGAGACAUUAAGGACUUCAUGAGAGGAGGAGAGGCUCUCCAUGAUCUGAUCUCUGACGUACUUGAACACGCAGAGAGGGAGGCUCUUCUGGAGGUGGUGGAGAGCAGCAGCAGCAGUCUGAAACCACCAGAGUCUGGACAGUCUGCAGACUGACACCCACCAAAACUUACUGUGUACUGAACAUACAGUAUGUCAUUUGGUGGAUGCUUUUCUCCAACGCAUCGUACAGUACUGUGACUACAUACCAGGGCUGAAACAUAUAUUAUUUUAAUAUUAAUAUUGCAAUUUAUGCUUGUGCAAUAGUCACAUUGCAAAUGAUGUGAUGUAAGACCAACUGCAGCUCACUCAUAAUUAAGAGGUUUUUAUUUUCUUUUAUUUACUGUAAUAAAAUAUUAAAUUAUG